UUUGAAGGCCACCUGGUAAAGGGGUCACGAUGAAGAAGAACCGCAGCAGCAAUCUGCGGCGGGCCUGGCCGAGCUCGGAGCUCAGCGAGCGCCCGCUGGAGCACAAUCUCUCCCGUAGUGAGAAAGACAUCCGUGUGCAGAAGCAGCAUCUUCCUCCCCCUCCUCCUCCUCAUUUCUCUCCGUCCCCGCCAAGUUAUCGUGCGCCAGGUGACGUGUCUCCAAUAAGUAUGUCACCUAUCAGCCAGUCACAGUUUAUCCCGCUGGGGGAGAUCUUGUGCUUGGCCAUCUCUGCUAUGAACUCUGCCCACAAGCCAGUCAACCAGGAGGCUCUGGUGGAGCACCUCACUGCCAGCUUCCCAGGCGUGCCUACACCCAGCUCGGAGGUUCUGCGACACACACUGAACAUGCUGGUGCGAGAGAGAAAGAUCUACCCAACUCCAGAGGGCUACUUCAUCGUCACCCCCCAGACGUAUUUUAUCACCCCUUCCCUCAUCAGAACCAACAACAAGUGGUAUCACCUUGAUGAUCGGCUGACAGAGCGCCAACCCCAACAGUCACAACAGCAGCAGCAGCAGCAGCAACUACAACCGCAGCAGCAGCAACCUCAGCAAUGCACUUCGCCUCAGUCGGGCACCGUCACUCCAUCCACACCUGGCUGCCUGAGAGAAAGACCUCCUCGCAAAAAUUACAGUGACUCAUACAACUCAUACCGCGAGGACUCGUCCAGACUUCACACCUCAGCGCUUCAAAGUAAGUCACCGAAGGAGCACAGGGAAGAUUCGUAUCAAAGUAAGCCGCCCAAGGAACACAAAACUGGGGAACCUCCACCAAGCACGUCCACCAAGGAGCACCGAGGAGAACCGCCUUCAUACCCUCAUCCCCCUCUUCCCACUCCCCCUCUUGUUCAGCAAGCGCCGCCUCAAGAAUCAGCUGAUAAGAGCAAAAGCAUCACUUCUUUCCCUUAUAAAACUGACACUCUGACCAAAAAGAAAGAAGGAAGUGGUGGUGGCGGAAAUGGCGAGAAGCAAUCCAAAAGGUUCGGACUAAGGCUCUUCAGGCUGAGUUUUAAGAAGGACAAAAUGAGGCAAUUGGCCACCUUCUCUGCCCAGUUCCCUCCCGAGGAGUGGCCUCUUCGUGAUGAGGAGGUGCCAACAACGCCCAUUCCCCGCGAGGUGGAGAUGGAGAUAAUCCGCCGAAUCAAUCCUGAUCUUACAGUGGAGAAUGUGGCGAGGCACACAGCUGUGAUGAAGAGGUUGGAGGAAGAGCGUACCCAGAAGAAUAAGGCUGGAUCUUCAGCCCAGCACAGUGCACGCAGCAGAAGGGGGAGGGGCCACAGGAGGGCCCCGCACGGUAAGUCUCGCUCACACAGCAAGCCUCGUACCUCCAGAGGAGACCCGUCAGAGGGUUCAAACUGGGACCUUUUGUUCAUGGAAAGGGAUUAUCGCUUCUUUAGCCACUCAUUGGUUCGCUCCCCUCGGGAGGCCAUGUACACCUUGGAGCGCAGGCGAAGUGGAGGUGCGACAUACCUAGUCCACAGCAACCCCAACAUUACGGAAUCGUACUGCCCUGUAACCCCCGAAUGGGACGUUUCUGGUGAGCUAGCCAAAAGACGGACUGAAAUGCCCUUCCCAGAGCCAUCACGUGGGACGUGUCAGUCCAGAGUGCAAAGAAGUCACAGUCACAAUCAGGACAGGAAGUCGCGUCACGACAGGUCAGAUCAGGCUAAGGAGCGCUCUCGGUCAAUGGACAACUCCCUUAAAGGCCCAUCACUGGGGGCACCUGAAGACUUUGAAACCAGUCUGGAGGAGCGUAGUCAUUAUUACACGGACGAUGGCACCCUGCGCGCUACGCAGAAGUCCUCCCACUACUCAAGGAUCAUGUUCUCUGCUGCUAAGUUCCACUCUGAUUUUAAUGUGCCUGAUUUGGGGAAAGGGAGUUUGGACGAGUCAAGGAUCCGGAGUACGAUGGAGAGGAACAAAAGCAGAGACAGCUUGCCCACGUACAAUGAGCUAAUGGGACUUUCUCCUAAGCCCUCAACAGAUGAGUACUUCCAGUGCAAUACGUCAAAUGAAACAAUCCUAACUGCCCCUUCGCCUCAGGCAAAAUCAGAAUAUGACACAUUAACCUCAUCAGGGGGACUCCGAAAGGGCUCUCCGGCUGACCGCCAAACGCCUCACCUCAAUUCUCCUCACACGAUGGAGUACAAAGAGGACUUGUCGGCAGCAAAGGGACAGAAUGGCUCUGUGCGACUGACGCCAAGCCAGACGCCAGAGCCGGUACAAAAUGCCCGUUUGACGCCACACCAACACAAUGUAGAUCCCGGAGGGGGAGGAGGCAGUAUGUCGAUGAAGAGGAAAGAGAUCUUCAGCAAGGACACUUUGUUCAAACCUCCACACAAUGCCUUGUCCACAGGCUACGUGGACAGCAGCUACACCAAGUCCGGCACAUUGCGGAAAGCCUCACAAGCCAAAUCAACAGAGGCCCUUGACAAUCCUGAGCCCCAGCAGCCUUCCAAUUCAGCCGCUUCCUCGGCGUCACCUGCAGUUUUACAGGGCUGCUUAGAGCCAACUGUCCCCCCUGCCUCCUUUGACUAUUAUAAUGUAUCAGACGAUGAGGAAGAAGAGGAGGCAGAGGAGGACUCGCACAAAGAGUUGGCCAAGGCAGAGGACAACAAAGACCAUGGGGAAGGGGGUGGUAAUGGCGGAGGCAGCGGUGGUGGAGGGGAGGGAACCAUGCAGUGGCUACUGGAGCGGGAGAAGGAACACGAUCUGCAGCGGAAACUGGAGACCAAUCUGACCUUACUCAGCCCCAAGGAGACGGAGAACAGCAGCAGUCAGAAGUCGGCCCACUCUGCCAGGUUGGACAGCAUGGAUAGCAGCAGCGUCACAGUGGACAGUGGAUUCAACUCCCCCAGGACACGUGAAAGCCUUGCAUCCAACACAUCCAGCAUAGUGGAAAGCAAUAGACGGCAGAAUCCAGCGCUGAGCCCCGGCCACAUCGGCACCAGUGGUAUCGGACUGCCAUUCAGCUUUCGCGCCAUCCCAGAACCCCCCGCCACGCAGCCUGAGAAAAUCCAGAAACCAUCGAACUGCCUGGCCUCAAUCACCAGCGUCUGACAGACUAAGACCCUGAUGGUGGUGGAGGAGAGAAGAAGUGAGGGGUUUCUCCAUUUAAGAACCAUGCUUCCCUCGACCCAUACAUUCACAUAAACACACACGCACACACACACACACACACAAACAAACACACACAUAUCUUCAGACUCCUGAGAAUCCAUUUACUGGGACUGUUACAAAAACAGGCAUGGCUUCAAGAGACUGUUUCCACAGCUUCAAGAACUGUACUGCAAAAAAAAUAAGAACAACUACAGAAUAUCAAGACCACUGUAGGUGAAGGAACCUAUCUGAAGAAGUACUUUGAUUUUGGUGACAUGGACUCUAGUUUGGCUUAUAUCAAGAUUCUUGACUAUUGGUAUUGGAAAGUAGUAGACUAUAGGAUUCAAGUUACAUUUGGAAAUAUCGAAAACUUUUUAUAUUACUUAACAAUACAUGUCCAAUUAAAUGUUCUCCUUCCUGAAAUAGCGUCAAGUUCUUCAGGACGAUUCAAUGUAUCAGCACAAUGUCGAGACAAUAAAAGUUGAUCCUGAGAACAACGAAUGAAAGAUAUAAAAACAUAAAUCAGCUCAGAUUUGUGUACCGCAAUGCAAAUGAUGUAUGUAUACUCGAUACUUUUGAUAUCCUAAUUAUUAUAAUGGUGGUAUUAAAGAUGCUAUGUGACCAAAAGUUUGUUUGGACAGAAUAUGAUGCACCUCACUCUCACAAACACAGAAGAACAUUACAAAUUCCAAUCUCACCUGAAGGUUUAUUUAAUACUCGGGGGUUUGAUCAUAUCACAUGAUCUUCAGCAGAUUCAGUGUACCAAGAAGAGUAGAAGGUGUUCUGCCCCU